AGCGCUUGAGAAGGCGCAGUCCUCAGAACGCCCGAUGCCACGGAAGGGACCGCCAAAGACCACGCGUCGUGACGAGCGAGCGAAGGAGAAGGAGGAGGCCGCGAAGCAGCGCCUGCGUGAAGAAGCCAAGGCCGCGCGCGCGGCCCAAGCGGUCCGGCAAUUCCGUCACAACCCCGAGAUGCCCGACGCCCAAGGCGACCGACGGGAUCUCCGGCGCGGCUUGGCCUCCGAAGGCAUGCCUCUCGAGCGGUAUGGCGAAUCGCCAGCGCAACUCGGUAAGCGUGGUGAAGUGCUCCAAGCGUCAUCAGGUGGCCGCGCCGCGCCUCGAGGCUUUGAGUACGACGCUGCCGACGACUGGUACGGCGAUGACGACGACGUCUAGAGAUCUCGCGGCAUUUCGCAGUAGCACCGCGACUUGUAAAUGUAAUACACCGUACCUCUAUCAUGUA